AUAAAUUUAGUGAAUGAAUUUAGUAGCAUUUCCAAUAUUGUUUAAUUUACUUUUGAUUUUACCUAAUAACGAAGGUUGUGUGUGAUUAUAGAAAUCUUAUUAAAUACGAUUAGAAACAAUGGAUGCAUAUGAACUAUUUCGAAAACUUUCUACUGGUGUAAAAUUUGAUAGGAAGCGUUUUCAAGUUGAUGCAGAAAGAUUUCAGCUUGUCAACAAACAAUCUGGAAAUGGAGUUAAUGAUGAUAAAAUAAACAUUAAAUCCUUUGAUAACAUAAAUCAUUCAAUAUUAUGUGAGAAAAGAAAAUAUGAUGAGGUCGAGAAAGAAACUGAAAAUAUUAAUGACUUGACGUUGCUUGAUGGAAUGUCUAUUCCUCAAAAUAAAAAUAAAAAGUGUAAAGUAGCCUUAACUGAAGAGAAACGAUUAAAGUUAGAAAAAGAAAAGAUUAAUCAGUUUCGCAAUCAUCAUCGCAUAAGUGUCACAGGCAAUUGUAUACCUAAACCUAUCUCAGAAUUUAUUGAACUAUCAACAACUUACAAUAUAUCUCAAAAAUUAAUAUAUAAUAUUACAAAUUGUGGUUAUAAAUGUCCUACUCCAAUUCAAAUGCAGGCUAUACCCGUCAUGCUGCAAGGUAGAAAUGUACUAGCUUGCGCCCCAACUGGAUCUGGAAAAACAGCUGCAUUUCUGUUACCUAUAAUUCAUUAUUUAGGUGGACCAGAGAAGAAAGGAUUUAGAGCUGUUAUAUUAAGCCCAACAAGAGAAUUAGCAAAACAAACAUAUAGAGAAUGUUUGCGUCUUAGCGAAGGAUGUAAUUUUAGAGUUCAUAUUAUAAGUAAAGUGAAUCAAGCAUUAAACAAAUAUGGACUUAAAAGUUCACAGAAAUUUGAUAUAUUAAUCACUACACCAAAAAGAAUAAUAUACCUGUUGAAUCAGGAUCCACCAGCUAUUUCUUUUAGCAAUGUCGAAUGGUUAAUUGUGGAUGAAGUAGAUAAACUCUUUGAGGAUGGCACAAGGUGCUUCAGAGACCAGUUAGAAGCAAUUUCAAAGUCAUGUACAAAUGAAAACUUACAUAAAGCAAUGUUUAGUGCAACCAAUACUCCUAUAGUGACCAAAUGGUGUAGACGUAAUCUGAAAGGUCUUAUAACAGUUACUGUUGGACACAGGAAUGCUGCAACAGACUUAGUAGAACAAGAAUUGUUAUUUGUUGGCGCAGAGAGAGGAAAACUUGUGGCGCUUAGAAAUAUUAUUCAAAAGGGAGUAUUACCACCUGUACUAGUAUUUGUGCAAAGCAAGGAAAGAGCACAAGAAUUAUUUAACGAACUUAUAUAUGAUGGAGUCAAUGUUGAUGUUAUUCAUGCUGAUAGAACACAAACACAGCGAGACAAUGUCGUUCGUUGUUUUAGAGAGGGAAAAAUAUGGGUAUUAAUAUGUACAGAAUUAAUGGCAAGAGGUAUUGAUUUCAAAGGUGUAAAUCUUGUUAUUAAUUACGAUUUCCCACCAUCUGCUAUUUCUUAUGUUCAUAGAAUUGGUCGCACUGGUAGAGCUGGACAUAAAGGAAAAGCAAUUACUUUUUUUACUGUACAAGACACUACAAAUUUGAGAAGUAUAGCUACUAUCAUGCGUGAAUCUGGUUGUAAUGUUCCUGAUUAUAUGUUAGCCAUGAAAAAACAUAGUAAAAGGGAAAGACGGAAACAUGAAUGCAAGGCUCCUAUUAGAGAAAGUAUAUCAACUCUACCUACAUUCAAACGUGUACAAACAUUUAAAAAAAGAAAAGUUGCUGUAAACGAUUCCAAAAAGAAAUCUGAAUUAAAAAGUGAAGAGAAUAAAGAUAAAAAAAUAAAUACAAAACAUUUAAAAAAAAGAGAAAUAGAUAAAGAACGUACAAUUUAAAAAAGAAAGAAUGACUUAAAAAAUUUCUGAAUAAAAUGUGAGUAAAAGAAAUAGUCUUAUAUAUACUUAAUAUCGUGUAUAUUAACCGAUACAUAUUGUAAACUAAUAAAAAAUUUAUAAUCAUAUUACAUGUGAAGUAAAUAUAUUGUAUGAAUGAUAAAAUAUUUUAAAUACAUACGUAUAAACGCUUACGUAUAUAUAAAUAUGUUAUAUAUAUCCAUCAAUCAUCAUCAAAGGAUAAACUAUUAAGUAAGUAUGUUAAAUAUAUUUGUAUGGCCUGAUAUGGUUUAUUACAAUACUAUAUUAUAUUGUCUGUAUAAUAGGAUAAUUAUUGAUUUUAUAUGUACACUUACACACUCAUACAUAUCAUAUAAAAAUAUUAUAUAUUUAAAAAUAUAUUAUUAACAAUAUUAUAUUCUUAAUUAGCAUAUUUUCAUUAUGAAAUAGUAAUUGAGAUAUUGAAUACAAUAUUUAAUACAAAAUAUCACAUCUUUAUUACACAUGGCAAUAUAUUAAAUUUGUGUAUCUGAUAUGUAUUAGCCUAUACGGAUCAAUUUAUAUGAACACACAUUAUAAGAUAGUUGUAUUAGAUGAAUAUUGAUUAUUAUGGUAUUCAUUAAAAUAAAUUGCUUUUGAUAAGAAAAGGUUAUCAUUACUUUUUAAGAAUUAUGUUACAAUUAUGAUGUUAUAAACUUGAGUAUACAUGAAUUUUAUUUUGUAC